UCUUUUUUAAUUAUAGGAAAUGCGUUUCUCUAAGGUACAUAAACGAUUGAUUGUAUAGCCGAUACAUCCUUAAUAACCUGUCUAUCCAGGGAUAGAUCAUGGUUCAAUAGAGUGCAUGGACGUUAUAACGACCAUGUUGUAUGGACAUUUUAUUUUUCGUACAUGAAAAUUGAAAAUACUUAUUUGUUUACGGUUGCAUUUAUGUUCAUCUGUAUAAUUUUAAAAAACUGUAACUACACACAUAAGGUGCAUAUCUAGAGGUUCUCGUUUCAUAAAACCAAAACUGAUAAAGCCAAAAUUCUAAUAAAAAUUAAUUUCAGUUUAGAAAUUUUUCUACGACUUAGGAAAAGCAGGACUCAAAUGAAGCUGUUAACUUUUAUAAAUAGAAGUUAUUUAUCGAAAUCUUAACUCUUAAAUCAUAUUUUCUGUUUUAAGGGAAUCUUCCACAUUAAAUGUUUAAUUUUAACAGUUAUAAUAUGUUUGAUUAAUAGAAGUUCUCAAAGAUUGUACAAUUCAGAACACGUAUUUAAAAAUGGAGUAUAAAAUUUAACCCAUUUACAUCAUAAGCUCAAAUAUGCGCGGAAUUUUGGGAUAUGGUCCAAUUUUCUAUUUCUUCAAAUAAUACAAACGGGUUAAGAUUGUCUUUUUAACUAGUAUUAUUUAAGAAAUUGAAUAUGUAGAAGAGAAAGUGCAUUACAAUUCCAGUAUAAUUAAAUUUGAUUUCAAAUUCAAACCAACACUAAAAUGUUCUUAGAAAUACUAUUUGUUACAACGUGAAAUUUUUCAGAACAGAAUAAAUGUUCUUGUUAAUUAAAAUUAUUGUACAUUCUCCACAGACAAAAGCGUAUAAAGCACUUAUUACAUUGCAUAAUUUAACAUCUUUCUCGGUGCAAUAAAGAUAAUAAUGAGAGAAUUACAGAUACUUUAUAACUCAUUAAAGAUUUUUACAGUCUCAUUCAAGUUUAAACCAGUAGAACUUUUAUUUAAUACUUCAAACGCUGUUCGUGUUUGAUAUUUGAAAAGUUAAAAUACAAUUAUAGAAGUUUAUUUCACGUUUGAUGAAAAUCGUAGAAUGGAGAAUAACAAGGGAAAAAUUUACUUCAGUUUAGAAGUUUUCAACUACUUAGAAAAAACUUAAACGAUCUCCUUGAGUUGUUUAUCCUCCUUAAUUCAACGAACGUCUUUCGCGUUUAAUACUCGAAAUAAAGAAUUUUAUUUCAUGUUUGAUAAAAAAACGUAGAGAGGGGAAUAAUAAGAAUUAGAACAGCCUUUCUACAUGAGAAAGCUCUCGCUCCUUAUCAGUCAGAUAAACAGUAUUAACUGACACGGAGAAGCCUUUUUACUAUUUGGAAGAUCUAUUUACAGGUGACAACGUUCUCAUUCAGAUAACCAUUCCUGGUAACAUGUCCUAUUAUUGAGUCGACGUUAUAUUACGGGCUCUUGACGGACUCAAGCACGCGAUAAAACUAUGUAAUGAUUAAAUGACGCAUUUUUACAUAGGAUAAUCCGAAGAACAAAGAGAGUCGAAGAUCCAAUGUAUGUAACGUUCGGUAUCUGCGGCGCGUGGAACAAGAUAAUUAAAAGCGAUUUCUCGCGUCGAGUACCAGGGAGAAAUUAAUAUCGAUCGCUAGACACACGGAGUUGAUAAGAUAAACGGAUGAUGCCAUAUUACAAAUGUACUCGCGAUUAGGCGAAAUUUUAGUCAAAAACGAACGUGGCUGCUCAGUAGGCUUCGAGACAGUGGGUCGAGUCGUGCACAAAAGUAAUCCUCUGUUACUGAUACAGAAACGUUCUGUUUAACUACGGCUUUACGUAUCCCAGACUCCUUCAAUUCAGUCAUUAAAUCGAGUUAUUUUACACAUGUUGUUCAUCGUUUCUUCGCGAGGAAUGAUGUGACCGCAAGGACCAGGAACGCGCGGAUUUGUUCGAAGUAGAGCGUGCCGAUUUCUUGAAAGUUACUAAACAAGAAGAAACAUUAUGACUUUGCUACGUGAACAAUUUUCAACCAUCAUCUUCCUGCUGCUGUUUGCCGGGUACCAAACGGCAAGCCACCUAAACGAAGAUGGAGAUUCUUACAUACAAGACGAACCCUUGCUCAGUGAUUACCGGCUGCCAAAAACGAUUAUUCCUAAUAGAUAUGAGAUUUUACUACGACCAAAAUUGGAAGGCAACUUCGAGUUCAAGGGAACCGUCCAGAUAGAAGCACGCGUAAACAUCGCGACUGACACUAUUACACUCCAUUCUGGACAACUCACCAUAAAUAACACAAUUGUCAGUGAUAUCAAAAACGUGAAUCCAGUGAAGAUUGAAAGUACCGAUUACAAUAACGUAACUGAGAAGUAUGCCAUCAAACUCGGCGAACUUCUUAAGGUGGGAACGAACAUUAAAAUCGUUUUAGUAUACACGGGAAAGCUCAGGGAUGAUAUGAUCGGAUUCUACAAAAGUUCCUACAUCGAUUCAAAUGGAAAAAUCAGAUGGCUUGCGUCCACACAAUUUCAAACGACACAUGCGAGACAUGCCUUUCCCUGUUUCGACGAGCCUAGUUUUAAAGCACGAUUCAUUAUCAGAAUCCUCCGACCGGCAGGGUAUAACACUAUCAGUAAUAUGCCCUUGAACAGGACCGUAAACGUUAACAGCACCGAAUACUGGGACGAAUACCAGGAGAGCAUUCCUAUGUCGACAUAUCUAGUAGCUUUCAUAGUCUCGGAUUUCAAAUCCACUGAAAGAGGUACUACCUCGGUUUGGGCAAGACCGAACGCACUCCCUCAAUCCACAUAUGCCCUUGACAUCGGCGAACGGAGUGUUAAACACCUGUCCCAGCGAUUCAAUCAAAGUUAUCAGAUUUCUAAAUUGGACAUGGCAGCUGUGCCCGAUUUCUCGGCCGGUGCGAUGGAGAACUGGGGUCUGAUCACCUACAGGGAAUCUAGGAUGCUGUACGACAGUGAGCUCACAUCGGACGCCGCCAAACAGACCAUCGCCUCGGUAAUCGUGCACGAAGUGACCCACAUGUGGUUUGGUAACCAAGUCACCCCGGAGUGGUGGAGUUACUUGUGGCUAAGCGAAGCGUUCGCCAGAUACUUCCAGUACUUUGGUACCGCGAUGGUCGAGCCUACUUGGAAGAUGGAAGAUCAGUUCAUCGUGGAACAACAACAUACGGCUUAUGCUUCUGACGGGGUUGAAACGUCUCAGCCGAUGACGCGGGAGGUAUUAAAUUCGUCGCAAGUCAGCCAAGUCGGAGAUACUAUCACUUACAAUAAAGGAGCGUGUAUUGUUCGAAUGAUGAAUCUCAUCUUCGGACCUGAAGUAUUCGAUGCUGGACUUCAUAACUACUUGGCAAAUACUGACAAAGUGGGCCGGCCUGAGGAUCUUUGGAAAGAGCUACAGAAUGAGAUUAAUCGCCGCCGUAAUGAAACGUGGACCGUGAAAGAUGUUAUGACGCCUUGGACGGAGCAACCGGGAUAUCCAGUCUUAGAUGUAAACGUCGAAAAUAAAACAAUCAUUUAUAAGCAAAAACGGUUCCUCUUAAGAAACCUAAAAAGUACAUCCACUAACAAAACGUGGUGGAUACCUCUUACAUGGGCCAACAAGGAAAAUCCGAACUUCGACAACGUAAACCCAGAUAAUGUAUACUGGAUCACGAAGUCCACCGGCAGGAUUGAUCUAGCAGACAAACCAUUGGACUGGAUUAUAUUCAAUGUUCAAUCUUCUGGCUUCUAUCGCGUGAAUUACGAUAAUGCCAGCUGGUACCGCAUUAUCAACGCUUUGAAUAGCGAUGAAUAUCAGAAGAUACACGUCCUCAAUCGAGCAGCUUUGGUCGAUGAUCUUUUUAAUCUGGCUAGAGCCGAUUUGUUAUCUUAUGUGACAGCUUUGGACGGCGUGAAGUAUCUCACGCUUGAAACGAAUUAUUUACCGUUCAAAGCUGCGUUCUCCGCUCUCACUUAUCUCGAUCAACGAUUUUCUGGAAACGAGGAAUACUAUCAACAUUUGAAGGACUUCAUUCUUAUUCUUAUUGAUAAUAUAUACAAACAACUCGGCUUUACGGAUCAAAACACUGAUGAUAGACUCACGGUGUUACUCAGAGGCGAGCUUAAUAAAUUGGCUUGCAACUAUGGCCACAAAGAGUGCAUUAAUACAUUCACCAGCAUGUUCCAGCAGUGGAAGCAAAAAAAUACCCCAAUUAAACCGAAUUAUCAUUCAGUGGCGUACUGCAUGGGCGUGAAAUAUGGCAAGGAAGAAGAUUGGGAAUUCUUAUGGAAGCAAUAUUUCAAUUCGAACUCGGCUACACAUCAAGAAACCAUACUGCGAGCUCUCGGUUGCACUGAAAAUGCGAAACUUUUGGAAAGAUAUUUGUCAUACGCACUCAAAGAUUUUGAGGAAACGAGAAUUCGAAAGCAGGAUAUCUCCACUGUGUACUCCGCGGUUUAUGGGUCCAGUAAACUUGGCGCCGAGUUUGUAUUGAACUAUGUCGAGAAACAUUAUGACGAAAUGGUAGAAUUUUACGACGGAACAGGAACUAUCACGAGCACACUCUCGUCCGCAUCUCAACGUUUCUCCACGCAAGAGCUGGUGAACAAGUUCGAGUUGUUGAUUAACGUGCGCAAGCUGGACUCGUUGAAAGACUCAUUGGACAUUGCGAAAUACGAAUUGAAAAGAUUCAACAACUUCGCGAAGGACGUUGUACAGUGGGUAAUCGAUUACAACCAAAAUCAUGGGAAUCAGGAUAGGAACACGGAGUACCGCCUGCCGGGCACCGUUCAGCCUAGAUCGUAUUCGAUACUAGUGGCGACCGACGUAAACGAGGCCGACCAUUUUACGUUCACAGGAACGGUGAACAUCGACGCAGUCGUCAUAAACAACACGCAAGCCAUCACCCUCCAUUCCUCAGGCUUGACCCACGAAAAUAUAUCCGUGCUCGUAAACAGCGUAAAAGUUGGUGUGUCGGUAAAGGUCGUUGACGUGUACGAUUUCCUUGUGCUUCAGUUGGAUAAACAAUUAACAAAGGGACAGAUCUUAACCAUCGAUAUAGCGUUCAAAGGACAGUUGAACGAGGAGGAGAUGCGCGGAUUUUACAGAAGUUGGUAUAUCGACGGUGAAGGUAAAAAACGGAAUGAAAAAGUAAAGUACAUUUUUCAACAAACACCGAAGAUGUCUUCAUACCUAGUCGUUCUCGUGGUCUCCGAAUUCGAAAAACAAUCUGAGAAUUCUCCGAAUGAGAUCUACGGGGUUUGGGCAAGGGCAAACGCGAUCGAAAAUGCUAAAUAUGCUCUAUCUGUUAUGAAACCUCUCGUGAAUUUCUAUGAGAAUAUAACCGGCAUCAAGUACCAAUUACCUAAGCUGGACAUGGUCGCGUUGCCUGAUUUCGUGUCAGGCGCGAUGGAGAAUUGGGGCUUGUUGACGUACAAAGAAAGAAACGUGCUCUUUAACUCCGGACUCUCGACCACUGCCUCGGAACAGAGCAUAAUCAACGUGAUAUCGCACGAGAUCGCGCAUCAGUGGUUCGGAGAUCUCGUCAGUCCUCUCUGGUGGAAGUAUCUGUGGCUGAACGAAGGCUUUGCGAGGUACUUCCAAUACUUUGGAACGGACAGUAUAAGAAACGAUUGGUCCCUGGAGUCUCAAUUCGUCGUGGAGCAAGUUCACUCGGCCUUUGAAGCGGACAGCGGAAGGAAUAGCCACCCCAUGACUCACGAUGUCUAUAGCCCGACAGAGAUCAGAGGAAUAUUCGAUACGAUAUCAUACGGUAAAGCCGGCAGCGUGAUCAGAAUGAUAGGGAAAAUAUUAGGACGUGAUAAAUUCUACACGGCUCUUGGAAACUAUCUAAAAAAUCGAGAAUACGAUGCAGCUACACCUGAAGAUUUGUUCAAUGCUUUGCAAAAAGUAGCAGACGCGGGGCUGAAAGAUUCGAUUCACGCUAUUAUGAACAGUUGGACAACACAGGCUGGCUAUCCCGUGGUCGAUGUGACUAGACAUCAACCUAAUUUAACUCUACAGCAACGAAGAUUCUUCUUGAGAUCAGAUCAAAUGUCUUCCAAAGAACUUUGGUACAUCCCGAUCACCUGGACGAAACUCGAAGAUGCAAAUUUCAAUGAAAUAAAAGUACAGUAUUGGCUAAAGGACAGCGAAGUUAAUCUCACUUUACCGAGCAACGAUGUGUAUUUAUUGAACUUGCAACAAACCGGAUACUAUCGCAUUAACUACGACCUUGACACUUGGGAGCAAAUAAUCCAAUUCCUGAAAUCCGACCGAUAUUCAACGAUACACGAGAUUAAUCGAGCAGCCCUGAUCGACGAUCUGCUGAAUCUCGGCAGAGCUGGUGCUGUUUCUUACUCCAUUGUACUGCCCGCGACGCAGUAUUUGAUAAAUGAGACUAAUUACUUCCCCUGGCGAGCGUUCUUCAACGGCUUAUCGUAUCUACAUAAGCAGUUCGAAGGGAAAGAGGGUUACACCGCGUUCCUGCGAUACACAGAAGCACUUUUGACGCCGGUGUAUAAAAAUCUUGGAUUUGAAGACAAAGAUAACGACACUCACGUGACAAAAUUGUUCAGAUCGCACGUUCGUAGUUGGGCUUGCAAACUGAAUUUGCUCGAUUGCAAAAAUACAGCUCUCGCAUAUUUCGUUGCGCGAAACAGCACAGUGGUAGGUAUUCCACCAAAUAUUCUCGCCGUAUCGUACUGCGCCUACGUAGCCAAUCGUACCAAAGACAACGAUGAAUCAAAUUGGAAAAACUUAUGGAAUGAUUUUUCGGGAUCAAAUUUCGCCGCUCAAAAAUCGAUUAUACUUCAAUCUUACGCCUGCUCUACUAACGAACGUUUCCUGAACGAUUUGCUCACCAAAGCGAUCACGAAAGAUUCUGGGAUACGAUUCGAGGAUAGUUCGGGCGUUUUCACUUCAGUUAUCAACGCUGGUCCGCACGGUGUUAAGCUCGUCAUCGAAUUUAUAAAAACUAAUUAUGACAAGAUGGUUGCCUACUACAAGCAAGUCUCUAAUGUCGUCAGCAUAGUGAACACGGUUGGAAAGAACGUGUAUUCGAAUGAACUUUAUGAAUUGUACCUGGAAUUGGUGAACGAACUCACAAGCAGACUAUCUACAGAAAACUGGAAAUCAAAUAAAAAUGCCGUGGAGUAUGAGUUAAAUUGGGCCAAGAGGAAUAUACCAAAAAUAUUCAGUUGGCUCGAGCAGUAUUAUUCAUCGACCGACUAUCGUUUACCAAGAUUGUUCACCCCGUUGAAAUACGACAUCUUCUUGACUCCAAAGCUGACCGAAGCCUCGUUCGCCGGAAAAGUACAGAUAGAACUGAAACGUUCCGCCAAUUACCUGUCCCACAUAGUCCUUCACGCACACAAACUGAAUAUCACAGGCGUGCAUGUGUACGAAAGUUCAAAUUCGACCAAAGGGAGCGAACUGAGUAUUAACCGCCGCGCACUGAUAAAGGUUACGCAGAUGUAUUGGAUAUUUUUGAAUAAUUUUGUGAAAAGCGAUCAGAUCAUUGUUGAACUAAAUUAUACGGGAACGCUGAACGAUAACAUGCAGGGCUUUUACCGAAGUUAUUACUUCACACGUGAUAAACAAGUUCGUUGGUUGGCUACGACUCAAUUCGAGCCAACGUAUGCCAGGCAAGCCUUUCCUUGCUUGGACGAACCAUCCCUCAAAGCAAUAUUUGAAAUCCACAUCGAGAGACCCAAGAAUUACAAGGCGCUUAGUAACAUGCCUGUUGCAUCAACAGACCGCUCAACUAUUCCAAAUUACGAAUUGGAUCACUUUGAAAAGACGUUUAAAAUGUCUACGUACUUAGUGGCAUUCGCGGUCACCGAUUUUGAGGUCGUAAGACCAGGUUACGACCGAAUAAACGUAUGGGGUAGGCCAGAUAUCGCGUCGAAAGGUGACUACGCGCAAACCAUUGCCACGCAAGUGCUCGAAUAUCUGCAUCAGGAAACUGGACACGCGUACAGUUUGCCAAAAUUGGAUUUAAUCGGCAUUCCAGAUUUUCAAUCGGGCGCUAUGGAAAAUUGGGGUCUUAUUACAUUCAGAGAGUAUGGGCUUUUCUAUGAUGGGAAGGUUACAACAACUAAAUAUACGGACUAUAUAAUCACUAUAAUUGCUCACGAGCUUGCUCAUACAUCGUUCGGGAAUUUGGUCACUUGCGACUGGUGGGAGUACAUAUGGUUGAACGAAGGUUUUGCUGAGUACAUGCAAUGGCGCUUUGCACAUUUGUUUAAACCUAGUUUCGGUUUCGACGAUCUAUUCGUCGUUGAUGAACUGCAACCAGCUUUGUUAUUCGAUGGUUCGUCAUCGACGCAUCCUAUGACGAAUCCCGUCAGCAAGCCCUCUGAAAUAAAACAAGCUUUCGACACUGUCACAUAUGGAAAAGGAUCCAGCGUAAUACGAAUGAUAUAUAAGUCACUGAAUCCGAAAGUCUUCCAGAAAGCUAUAAACAAAUAUUUGGACAAACAUCAGUAUAGCACCGCGACUCCAAAAGAUUUGUGGGAAUCGUUCGAUACUGUAAUUAAAGAAGAAAUGAGUGAUUCAAUAAUGAACAACAUGUCUAUUGCGACACUGAUGGACGGUUGGACCAAUAAGAAAGGAUAUCCAAUAGUAUUUGCGACAAUGAAUGGCACUUUAAUAUUGGAACAGAAAAAUUUAACUGGCGAUAACUCCGGCGACUUUUGGAUACCCAUUACAUUAACAACGGCCUCGAAAAGAAACUUUGAAAACACCUUGCCGACGAUUUGGCUAAGUAAAGAUCCUGAAAUCCAACAAAUCGACAAAUCCAGCGACUGGUUCAUAGUGAAUGUUCAACAGAGUGGCUACUAUCGCGUGAAUUACGAUAAACAGUCUUGGUCGCGUUUAAUCGACGCAUUGAACAAACACAAUCACAGUUCCAUACAUGUAACGAAUCGAGCUCAGAUCAUCGACGAUCUCUUGAAUUUGGCUAGAGCUGACCUCGUUAGCUACGACAUCGCGUUGAAAGGGUCUCUUUAUCUGAAGAACGAAAUGGAGUACCUACCUUGGAAGGCAUUCUUCAACGGCAUCAAUUUUAUUAUUCAACGUCUGCAAGGACAGGCGGGACUACAAUUAGUUAAAAAUUACAUUACACACUUGGCGGAGAAGUUGUAUAGAGAACUUGAUUUCGUGGAUAAUGACAUGGACGAGCAUCUGGAUCGACUGAGUAGGGAUCUGAUCUUGACUUGGAUGUGCAAGCUUGAUCAUGAAUCCUGCGUGAACCAGGCUAUGAACUUGUUCAAUGAAUGGCGGCGGACAAUGAAAAACAACAUUUCACCGAACGCGAGACCAGCUGUUUAUUGUACAGCCGUAAGAGACAAUAAUACGAAUUGGAAUUUCCUGUGGGAGCAAUAUUUGUCAACGAACCUCGCUUCGGAACAAAGGAUCAUGUUAGACGCUCUCGGUUGUGCGAGAAACGAAUCAUCGUUGAAAUCGUACGUAAGUGCUUCAUUGCGGAAAGUUGUUGAACCUGGUAUUCGAAAACAAGACGUUAACACUGCGUUCGCUUCGAUUUAUAAUUCCGGAGAAGCCGGAGUGAACUUCCUGAUAAAUUUCAUAGUGAAAGAGUACAAGCAACUACACGAUUACUAUGGUGACUGGGAUAGUGUUGGCGACUUGAUUUCUAAAGUGGCGUCUCGUAUUUCUACGUACGAUCAACAGACGAAGCUGAACGAACUGAGGGACGAUAAGAACGUGGGAUCGAUGGUUAAAUCCGCAUUGGCAGUUGCACAUAACAACUUGGAAUGGUCCGAGAAGCAUUUGACUCAAAUAAUCAAAUGGAUAAAAGAUCAACAGGAUUCCAAAAGUGCUGGUACCACUACAGUCGUAAAUACCUUGAGUACAAUCUCGCUAACAGUAUUUUCAAUAAUGGUAUAUGCAUUUAGUCAAUAAAUACGUACAUAUUAUGAAUCAUAACUGAAUAGGAAUAAAAAAAUACGUAUUAUGAACCAUAACAAAAUAAAAUGUAUAUAAGUGCUCGUUCAUUAUAUGAA